AUGGUUUUCACGCCGCCAUCAUGGCUACCUCCUCUGCCCGAGAUCCCGGAUGUGUCGCUUCCAGUCUUUAUGUUCGACGAGCAGUAUGGACGGGCACCAUUUAGUACAUCGCUCAAUCCUUACGUUUGCGGCAUCUCGGGCAAGACAAUCACACCAGUGGAACAGAAGGAGCGUGUCGAGAUCCUGGCCAAUUCCCUUUCCUCAGAGUUGGGUUGGGCUGUGAACGAGGGAAGCGAAAUUGAUAAGGUGGUGGGGGUGUUUGCGCUCAACACAAUAGACAUUCCGACUCUCAAUUGGGCAGUACAUCGCCUGAAUGGCGUCAUUGCAGCUAUCAAUGCCACCUACACGGCCUAUGAGGUGGGCCCAUUGCUCAGAGAAGCCAAAGCCAAAGCUCUAUUCACGGUCCUGGAUCUGGUAGAGACAGCCAAGGAGGCUGCGAAGAUGUGUGGAAUUCCUUCGAACAAAAUCUACAUCUUGGACAUGCCCGGCGAUAAGGUCUCGGGCGAAAGUCUGGGAUACACCACGAUGACUCAACUCUUGCGCCGAGGUCAGGACCUUCCUGGGCUUGAAGCGGCGAGGUGGAUUCCCGGGCAGUCGGCAAAGCAAAUUGCGUAUUUAAGCCACUCCAGUGGCACGAGUGGUCCUCCGAAGAUGGCUGCGGUCUCGCAUCGCAACAUCAUUGCCAACAUCAUGCAGGUCAACCUGUUUGAACUUCGUGGCCGUGGAGGCCCAAGUGCGCGACAGGUGACGCUGGGAUUACUUCCUGCGUCACACGUGUACGGGUUGGUUAUCAUCUCGCACCUCAGUACCUAUCGAGGAGACUCGGUGAUUAUCCUGCCCAGAUUCCAGAUGGAGCAAAUGCUCGAGUCUGUGGAGAAGUUCCACAUCAAUAUCUUCUCCGUGGUACCUCCCAUUAUUGUGGCCCUGGGGAAGAGUCCUCACUUGCUGAAAAGACACGAUCUGAGCAGCAUCCAAACUGUGCUCAGUGGAGGCGCACCCCUCGACACGGAGACGCUCAAUAGACUCAACAAGCACUAUCCCCACUGGGUCUUUCGGCAAGGCUAUGGUCUGACCGAAGCCGGCGCAGCCAUCUCUCUCACCAGUAGCCACGAGCCUUGGGCGGGAAGUGCCGGGAAUCUCGUUCCAGGGGUCAGUGUGAUGCUCUUGGCCGAGGAUGGCACCGAGGUGACGCAGCUUGACCGACCGGGAGAGGUGUACGCCCAAGGGCCUGGCGUCAUUCUUGGGUAUUGGGGGGAUCCCACGGCCACCAAAGAAAGCUUCUUGGAGUGCGAAAAUGGUCGGUGGCUGCGAACCGGUGACAUCGCUGUGUUUCGGCAGUCCCCUGCUGGUAAUGAACAUAUUUUCAUCGUGGACCGAGUGAAGGAAGUUAUUAAAGUGAAGGGCUUACAGGUUGUGCCGGCUGAGUUAGAGGCUUGCCUACUUACGCACCCGGCGGUGGCAGAUUGUACAGUGAUUGGAAUCCCGGACGAACGGGCAGGCGAGAUUCCCAAAGCCUACGUACAGAGAUCGCUAACUAUCGGAGCGGAUCUCAGUGCAGAGGCUCUGGCUCAUGAGCUGACACAGCUCGUCCAGAUUCAGAAAGCCCGACAUAAAUGGCUCGCUGGCGGUAUUCGAUUUGUCGACAUCAUCCCGAGGAGCCCAUCUGGUAAGACCCUCCGGCGUCUCAUCAGAGACCAGGAGACACAAAACAAGAAAGCCAUAGCGUCGAAAUUGUAA